UGAUAACUCUUACAUAGCGAGACCCCUGUUAUUUAGGUUAGAUGGGUACAGCCGAUUGGCUGAGUGUAAUUGGAACCUGCCUUAGCCGAAACUUACGACGCUUGGGCCAUUUGUUUCAAGCGCCUAGGAGAAGCUGAGCUGGAAGUUGCGACGACUGAUGAGACUCAAUUUAUGAUUGUGGACACGGGGCCGGUCCAUUGAUUUUUUAUAGUUCCUUCAUCCUAUCUUCUAUCAUUCGAUUCAUCCUUUCUUACAAAGGACACCUACAUGUAAUUAGAGGUGUAUACCUUUCUUUUCUCUGUAUUAUUCGAACUUUGAAGUGCUUGCUGGCCAGCAUUCGUCUCCUCAACUGUCCGAUACCAUGGAUCAUCCUCGACCAUCAGCACACGAAUCGUGGUGGGCACCCAUCUCCGUCGAUGUCCUCCUCAAGGUCCUCAACGUUACGCUGCUACAUCCCUUCGUAGCAUGGAUCAUUCCUCUCUGCUUUCGCGCCGAGCACCAGGCUUGGAACACCAACCCUAUGGUAGUUAGCAUUGCGUGGGCUACAUUCGUCACUUUCCUAUGGAUGGGAAACGUUAUAAGUCAUAAGAUCGCGUAUGGAAUGCACCGGGAGGUCGACUUGACUGAGGAGGUCAUUGUAAUAACGGGCGGUGCCAGCGGUCUUGGCCUGUUAAUUGCUGAGGUAUACGGCAUGCGAGGUGCUACCGUUGCGGUUUUGGAUGUCGCCGAGUUAGAAAGUACGGAAGCCCGCGGCAUUACUUAUUAUAAGUGUGACGUACGAGAUAAGGCACAGAUUGCUAGAGUUGCAACAGAGAUAGAGCGCGAUCUCGGAACACCUACCGUCUUAAUCAACAAUGCUGCCGAGGUUGUUGGCAAGAAGCUGCUCGAUAUGGAUCUAGAGGAAGUCGAGAAAAGCAUUACAACGAACCUCCUAUCUCACUUCUACACUAUCAAGACGUUUCUGCCGGGGAUGAUUCGUAAUGAGACCGGCGGCACUAUUGUAACCCUCUCUAGCGUUAUUGGUCACCUCGGUGCAGCUCGGCUCACAGACUACGCUGCUGCCAAGGCAGGAGUGACGGCUCUGCACAAGUCUCUCGCUGCCGAGCUGCAGGAAUACCCGGAGAUAAAAACCAUCCUCGUUACGCCGGGCCAGCUAAGCACACCACUCUUCUAUGGCGUGAAGACUCCCAAUCCUUUCAUCGCCCCGGUGGUCGAGCCCAUAGACGUGGCCAAGGAGAUAAUAAAGGCUAUCGAUCUCGGCUUAAGCGAUCACAUCGGUAUGCCCCUCUACGCGCGCUGGGUGGAUUGGUACAACGUAUUGCCAGUGGGUCUCCAAAAGAUUGCGCGGAAAAUUUCCGGCGUAGACAGCGGUAUGACUACGUUUAUAGGUCGUAGGGGGACUCAGCUGAGCGAGAAGAACGGGCACUUGAUCUAGCAUCCAUCACGAAUCGGCUGGUGGUUCAAUAAAGGUAUUUGGCUUAAUGGGAGAGAUAUUCACGAUCAUAAUACAAACCAGACAGUAGAACGCUGGCGUCCGCGAGUCUGUUAAAAUGUAAUGGUAGUAAUGUGUAAGGGGGAUGUUGUGUAGUAAAAAGAAAGAGCACGCGCUUCAAUAUGAAGUUGAUCGUCAACAAGAUUUCCUGAAAUGCGAAAGAAGUCUCUCCCGAGACCAUACACGGAUCUUGCAGUGGACGUCUGUA